AUGGGAGAAGGUCCCAAGGGAGAAAGGAGGGUCCACAAGAGAAGGGAGGACCCAGGGGAGAAGGUCCCACAAGACAAGGACCCAGGGGAGAAGGUCCCCCAGGACCAGGACCCCCAGGACCAAGACCCCCAGGACCAGGACCCAGGGGACCAGGACCCAGGGGAGAAGGUCCCACAUGAGAAGGUCCCACAUGAGAAGGUCCCACAUGAGAAGGUCCCACAUGAGAAGGUCCCCCAGGACAAGGACCCACAUGAGAAGGUCCCACAAGACAAGGACCCACAUGAGAAGGUCCCACAGGACAAGGACCCACAUGAGAAGGUCCCACAGGACAAGGACCCACAUGAGAAGGUCCCACAAGACCAGGACCCACAAGCUUCAUCUCCUCAACCCCCUGUCCCCUGUUGCCCCCACUCAGGUGUCCAACCAACCCCCUCCACUUCUUCCAUGACCACUUGCAGCCCCACCAUGUCCAAGUCCAGCUCCAGCCCCACUACAUCCAGCUCUUCCACAACCACCUCCAGUGUCCAACCAACCCCCUCCACUUCUUCCAUGACCACUUGCAGCCCCACCAUGUCCAAGUCCAGCUCCAGCCCCACUACAUCCAGCUCUUCCACAACCACCUCCAGCCCCACCAUGUCCAGGUGUCCAGCCCCCCCAUGA